AAUAAAUUUCAAGAAGAAGAAGAAGAAGAAGAAGAAGAAGAAGAAGAAGAAGAAGUUGUUGAAGUCGUUCUGACUGUACCUCUGCGGUAACACUUAAAGUCAGCCAAUGAAAACAGUAGCAGUCCUCGGAGGAGGUAUCGGUGGUUUGGCUGCCUCUUUCUACCUCUGCAAGAAUCCCCAGGUUGCCAAGGUAAUUGUUCUGGAGUCCAGCAGUCGUUUUGGUGGUUGGCUGUGGUCACUGAGGCGGUCCGAUGGGGCUGUGUUUGAACUGGGACCAAGGGGGAUCCGACCUGCUGGGGCAGUGGGAACCAACACACUCAAUAUGGUGGAAGGUCUGGGUCUGGAGGGAGAUAUUCUUCCAGUUUCCUACAAUCAUGUUGCCUCUAAGAACCGCUAUCUGUAUGUCAAUGGACAGCUCCACAAGUUGCCUUCUGGAAUAAGUGGAAUUUUGAAAACAGUCGCUCCAUUCUCCCGCCCCCUUCUGUUCAGUCUCCUCACUGAGAUCUUGGUAAAGAAAGGAGGAGAAGAGGAUGAGUCUAUUCAUUCAUUUGUCUCCAGGAGGCUUGGAAAGGAGUUGGCAGACCUAGCUAUGGACAGUGUGUGUCGGGGUGUGUUUGCGGGGGACUGUAAGAAGCUGAGUGUGCGCUCCUGCUUCCCUUCGCUCUACAAGGCUGAGCAGCAGAGAGGUUCCCUGACUCUGGGCUUCCUGCUGGGCUCAGGUUCAUCACCUGAGAUUGUUCCUGGACAUCUGGCUCAGAGAGCAAAGAAAGAGGCCUGGGCUCAGUGGUCUCUAAAGAGGGGAGUGGAAACCUUGCCAGAAUCCAUUGCUGAGUUUCUCCAACAGAGUGGCAAAGUGGAGCUGCACAGGGAUGCAGCUGUUAGACAAAUAAUUCCCACAACAUCUGGAUGGAAGGUCCAUGUGGAAGAUGGUGUAAUAUCAGCUGAUCACAUCAUGUCUGCUCUACCAGCUAAAGCCCUGUCCUGCAUCCUGCCCCCCUCUUGUCAGGGUCUUGUCCAGCAGCUGCAGGACAUCUCAGCAGUAACUGUGGCUGUAGCCAGUCUGGAGUAUGAGGGCUCCAUCCUCCCAGUAACGGGUUUUGGCCACCUUGUUCCUUCAUGGGAAGACCCAGGUUUACUUGGGAUAGUCUAUGAUUCUGUUCCCUUUCCUCAGCACAACAGACAGACUGGACAGACAACAAGACUGACGGUCAUGAUGGGAGGUGCCUGGUUCCAGAAUGUGUUUGGGGCCCCCCAGGCCGUCUCAGCAGACAGCCUCUUGGCGAGGGCCACCGAGGCAGUGCGCCGCCACUUGGGACACUGUGUGGCCCCCAGCUGGAGUAAUGUGGCUCUUCACAGGGAUUGUAUACCUCAGUAUCACCUCGGACACUUUCAGAGAGUAGAUACAAUGCGAGCCUUUAUAAAGAACAAUAACCUAUUGCUAUCUCUGAUUGGCUCAGCAUAUGAUGGCGUGUCUGUAAAUGAUGUCAUCUUCAGUGGACGAACAGCUGUAGCAGAGUUGUUGGGAGAUGGAGUUUGAUGCAACAGAUCAGAUUCUCAUCUCAUCUUAAAAUGCAUUAAUGGAGUUUAUUUAAUUUUCUAAGAAUUCUUCUAAUAUUUUGCGCACUUGUUUUAAGGGAAUUGUAGUUUUAUGUCUUUAAAGUGUAACUAAGCCCCCUCUGAAAGCAUCUAAUUUGGACAAAUUCUGAAAAAUUUAAGAAAGUGGUGAGAGCCAAGACGCACUCAGGGGUGUUGCCUAAUGUGGGGAUGAUUGGAGGAGAAAGUGCACCUGUGGUGAGGAAGAGAGAAACACCAUUGUUAUAAACUUUGAUAUAAUAUUUUUCUACUUGUAAUUAAGAAACAAACUAGUGAUUUUUUUCCCUGCCCCAUCAUUUCUGUCCAAAUAGGAGCGAUGAUUGUCUCCCACAGGGCUUCGUCUACAAACUAUAGUCUGCUUGAAAAAGGCACAGUGUGAAAGCAAACUAAACCAAAUGGAAAAAAUAAAGUCUGGUCCGGACAAAACAAGCUGAUCAAAGGAUUUUCCUGUAGUGUAUAAACCCAGAGUGCUUUCAUACGAGUGACGUAAUGCCGUACCGUUUUUAACAAAUGGGAGCAUCGAACUGCUUUGUUCAACCUAACGAGGCCAACAGUGAGAUGGUUUAAGCAAAAUGGAUAAAAAAUUUUCCAUCGUAAUUUUUUUGUUAUUCAAUCUUUAAAAAUAUAUAGAUUUCUUGCUAGCCUAGCUAGCAAGAAAUGCAAAAGUUUUCUGAUAAGAAAAAGACCAAAGGAACCGUCCGGCAGCCCCGCUGUGGAGAACUUUGCUGAAAAAAACCAUAAGAGAAGAAAAUAAAAUUUGAUGUGAUUAAUAUAAAAUGCUACAUGUUUUUAUCAGAAGAGGGGGUUGUGAUGAAAGUGUAUUAUUUUGUAAUGAAAUCAUAAUAUAUUUGAAAAUAAAAACGUUUGCCACAGAG